CGGACAAUGCGUAUAUCGAGCGGCCGAUUGGCCCGACUCGCGGACGGGUGCGCUGUCGUGAGCUGUGGCGACACCAACGUAAUGGUGGUGGCCGUACAUAAGCCCACCCCACGCCCCGGUUACGCCUCCUUCGUGCCCCUAACCGUCGACUAUCGACACAAGUAUUCGGCCGGCGGUCGCAUACCGGCCAACCGAUUGCGCCGAGAAGUGGGCGCCCCCUCCGAGCGCGAAGUGCUCGGCGCCCGCCUCGUGGACCGGUCGGUGCGCCCACUGUUCCCGCGCGGCUACAAUCACGAGACACAGUUGGUGUGCAAUCUGUUGUCGGUGGACGGCGCCAACGAUCCCGACCUACUGGCCAUCAACUCGGCCUCAGCGGCGUUGGCCCUGUCGGACAUACCCUGGAACGGCCCGAUUGGCGCCGUACGCGUGGCGCUCACCCGCGGCGACAACGAACUGAUCACGUGUCCCACGCGUAAGGAGAUGGAGGCGGCGGCGUUGAACGUGGUGGUCACCUGUCAAGAGUCGGGUCACGUGACAAUGUUGGAGGCCUUCGCCAACGAGCCGGUGCUCGAGCCACAGCUCGUCAAGACGUUACACAAAGCGGUCAAUGAGUGUAAACUACUUGUCCGGCAGUUGAAGAGUCUCCAGGAGUCUGCGGGCAAACCGAAACGGGAGGUCGACGAGUGGCCCAAAGGGGUACAGUACGAGUGGUACACCGACGAGUUGUACAGAGCCGUCAAAGAGUAUGUGUUAUUAAUUGAGACACCAAUUCGGGAAGUGUUCAGCGAUUACAGUCACGACAAGUUCUCCAGAGAUAAGGCCAACGAAGUCAUACAAACCACAGCCACGGAUCAGUUGCGGCAGCGAUUUGGGGCCGAUAUGGAGGGCCACAUUGCGGACGCUAUGCACACAUGCAUUAAGCGUUUGUACGCCGAAAUGGUCGCCACCGGCCAUAAACGAUGCGACGGCCGACUAACCAGUGAACUGCGGCCAAUCACUUGCGACGUCGACCUCUACCGGCCACUGCACGGGUCGGCACUGUUCCAGCGCGGGCUCACACAAGUGCUGUGUUCGUUGACAUUCGACUCGUUGGACAGCGCCUGGAAGUCGGACCCGUUCUCCGUACUCACCGGCGGUUUGAAAGAGAAAAACUUUAUGCUUCACUACGAGUUCCCGCAAUACGCCACCAAUCAGACGGGCGCCAGCGGUGUCGGCCGCCGCGAGAUCGGUCACGGCUCGCUCGCCGAACGGGCCCUGAGGUCAGUGGUUCCCGUCGAGCAUCCCUUCACCAUACGGCUCAACUGCGAAGUGCUCGAGUCUAACGGCUCGUCGUCGAUGGCCAGCGUGUGCGCCGGCAGUCUGGCGCUAAUGGACGCCGGCGUGGAGAUCGCCGCACCGGUGGCCGGCGUGGCGAUGGGUCUCGUGAAACACGGCGACGACUAUCGCGUGUUGACCGACAUUAUGGGACUGGAGGAUCAUUUCGGCGAAAUGGACUUUAAGAUCGCCGGCACUCGUAAGGCGUUCACAGCGUUGCAGUUGGACUGCAAACUGGCCGACGGCCUGCCCUUCCCGGUGCUCGUGGAGGCCAUCCAGAAGUCGUCGGCAGCCAAACACGAGAUCAUUAAGAUAAUGAACGCCACGCGCGGCGAACCCCGCAAACGCACCGAUACGGACAACCGGCCGGUGAACGAGUCGAUCGAUAUACCGGCGCACAGGAGGGCCCGCGUGUUCGGCUCCGGCGGCUAUACUGUGCGCAAACUGAACGAAGAUCUCGGCGUACGGCUAACGGUGGACGAGGAGGACGUGAACCGGUACACGAUGUACGCGCCCAACCGGCAAGCGUUGGCCGACGCCAAAGAGCUGAUACAGUCGAUCAUCGACGAGCCCUCGGAGCCCACUCUGGAGUUUGGCGCGAUAUACACGGCGCGCAUCGUUGAGUUGCGCGAGAACGGUGUUUUGGUCCAACUCUACCCCACAAUGACCCCGACGUUACUCCAUGUCUCGCAACUGGAUGUCCGCAAAGUGAUCCAUCCAUCGGCGCUCGACCUACACGUGGGCCAAGAGAUUGAGGUGAAGUACUUCGGCCGCGACCCGGUCUCAGGCCAUAUGCGACUCUCACGUAAAGUGCUUCAGACGACCGAACAAUACAAACGUAAUCUUAUUCAAGAGAAAGUGAAUAAAGAUUGA